AGUUCUCUCCGCCUCUCCUUUCGCUAUUCCCUAGGAGGUUGAUGGCAGCUGUCCUGUCUUUUGGGCCAAAGGUGUGGGAACUAACUGUCCGGCGACGAUCAGUAUUCCUUUCCCACCGAAACAGAGCAGAUUCCCUAGGACUGGGCGAAAAGGGACUCUGUCCUUUUAAAGGGAGGCUCCGCCUCCUCCAGAAGGGAGGAGCGGAUUGGCUAGCGCCCCUCCCGGAAGUGAACCUGUUUAGCCACGUGUGCAUUCAGUCGCACAUGGCGGUCCUGCUGCUGGGGCUGCUCCAGCUGCGCUUGGCCCGAGCGCCCUGGAGGGCGGGGCGAUGGCGCGGUUACUGCGGGGGCCCGGGACCGCAGAGCCCCGCUGUGAGAGUCAGGUUCGCCCCGAGCCCCACAGGCUUCAUGCAUUUGGGAGGCCUACGCACUGCCUUGUACAACUACAUCUUUGCCAAGAAAUACAAAGGGAGUUUCAUCUUAAGGUUGGAAGACACAGAUCAAACCCGCUUGGUGCCUGGGGCUGCUGAGAACAUCGAGGACAUGUUGGAGUGGGCAGGCAUUCCUCCUGAUGAAAGCCCUCGGCGGGGAGGUCCUGUCGGGCCCUACCAGCAGUCUCAGCGCCUCAACCUAUACGCCCAAGCCGCUGAAGCACUGUUGCGGACUGGAGCUGCCUACUAUUGCUUCUGUACCCCACAGCGCCUGGAGCUGCUGAAAAAAGAGGCCUUCAGGAACCACCAGACACCCCGGUAUGACAAUCGCUGCCGGCUCUUGAGUCCUGAGCACGUGGCCAGGAAAUUGGCAGAGGGUGCCGAGCCAAUUGUCCGCUUCCGUCUGGAGGAGGGAGCUGAGACUUUCCAGGACCUGGUAUAUGGCUGGAACCGGCACGAAGUGGCCAGUGUUGAGGGUGACCCUGUGAUCCUGAAGAAUGAUGGUUUCCCCACCUAUCACCUGGCCUGUGUGGUGGAUGACCAUCAUAUGGGCAUCAGCCAUGUUCUUCGAGGCAGUGAGUGGCUUGUCUCUACUGCCAAACAUCUCCUUUUAUACAAGGCUCUGGGUUGGGAGCCACCCCGCUUUGCCCAUUUGCCUCUCCUUCUCAAUAAGGAUGGCAGCAAGUUGUCCAAGCGGCAAGGGGACAUCUUUCUGGAACACUUUGCUUCAGCUGGCUUUCUCCCACAGACUUUGUUAGACAUCAUCACCAAUUAUGGCUCAGGGUUUGCAGGGAACCAGAUGGGGAGAACGCUGCCAGAGUUGAUAGAACAGUUUGACUUAAGUGGGAUCAGCACCCAUUCAGCCCUGCUGGAUCUGGAGAAGCUUCCUGAAUUUAACAGGCUGCAUUUGAUGCGAUUGUUGAAUGACAAGGCUCAGAGGCUCCAGCUUGUGAAGAAGCUUCGGGCCAUGGUGGAGGAGGUGUAUGGAAAGCAUCUGGAGGACAGGGAUGUCCUCAGUGAGGACUACAUAGAGAGGAUCCUUUUGCUGGGACAGGGGCGCAUCAGUCGUUUGCAGGACUUGGUCUCACCAGCAUAUUCCUAUGUAUGGACUCGUCCUGCUGUGGCCCGAGCACAGCUGCAGACCAUCUCAGGAGAAGUGGAUGUGAUUGCUAAGCUUGUCCUGGAGUUGUUGGAAACACCUGGCAUACCUCUCACUCAGGAGGUGCUGAACCAAGAGCUGAAAAGACUGUCAGAGAAAACAGAAGGUGUCGAGUAUGUCAGAAUGAUGAAACUUCUGCGCAUGGCACUCAGUGGACAGCAGCGAGGCCCAGCUGUUGCAGAGAUGAUGGUGUCCUUGGGACCAAAGGAAGUUCGGGAACGAAUGCAGAGGGUGCUUUCAAGCUAGGGAGAAGAUUCUCAGGGUGGAUGGACAAGGACACCUUGUGACCCACUUUCCUGCAAACUGCUACUGGGACAUCAGGGCUGAAACUGGUGUUCAACAGGAAGUCUGUGGUAUUAAUGUGAGACGAACAUUUCUGAUAGCCCAUGGGUGGGCAUGGCGAUAGCUGCUGUGUAUUGAUGGUUCCUUCACAGGCUUACCCCUCUGACCAUUUACUGGUCUAGGAAGAUCCCACCCUACCUUCUUGUUCCUUUCUUGGCUUUAAAAAGGGUCUGCCUCUGGAACCCAUCUUUCCAUUUCCUUGUGUACUGUAUUAUGUACCAGGGGUUUAGGAUUGGUUCUUGGUUCCUGGAACUAGUUCCCAUCUGAGCUCUGACACUAUCUGGUCUUGUGGCCCUGCCCUGAGCUUUGGUUUGGAUUUUUAACCAUAAAGGAUGAAUAAGGCUAGUAAGUCCCCAGAAUGAGUAAAGUGGCCUAGGCUUUACUAGGUGAGAUCUUGAAGGAUUUCCCACCAGGGCUAGGGAAAACAAGACUAAAAAGACCCUGGGAUCUAUUGGGACAGUGUUUAAUGCUUUAUUGCCUGAGCACUCUGUGAGUCUAGCAUCAGGGAGUAUUUUCCAGACAUAGAUGGAAUGCUUUCCAAACCUUGGAGUAGAAUGAUUCCUUCUGAAGUCCUUUAUCUACCCAAAGACUGCCAUUAUCACUUGUCAUUCUUGUCUUCUAAUUUGGGGGGGAGAAGGAGAAUAUAAUGGGGAGGUUAAAAAAAUUAUUGUUUUUAUCACUACUUUUGUUUUCACUUCACAUUUAUUUCUGAAUAUAUCCCUCCCUUUACUCUUACCACGAACCAUCUCUUUAAACAAGAUCUUUUUUUAAAAGAGAAAAAAAUAGUUCAAUAAAAUCAUAUUUGACAAUAUAUGUAAUAUUUUACAUCCAUAGUUCUGCUUCUUUACUCCCUCCAAGAAGAGAAGGAGGUAUAUUUUCUCAAUUUUUUUCCAGACCAAGCUUAGUUAUAAUUAUGCAAUGUUAGGAAAGAGAUAUUUUGUACUUUGUUCCUCCAUGACAACUAACAAUAAAAAUCUUUGGAAAGUCCCA